GUAAAUCUUGUUCAUCUCUCUGUCCAAAAUUUCUUGUCAUUUUCCUCUUUUCAGUUUUUUCCUUUCUCUCCUCCACCGAUCUUUCAUCCUACAAUCCCCCAAUCCGUCAAGAUAAAGUAAAACUAUCCAUGCCUCUAUCUGUAUUUGAUUCAUACAGUUCCAGCUGAACUCCACUCUCGCCUCUCUCUCCGUUUGUUUUUCGUUUUGAAACCCUAGGAAACAAUGGGAUGUGCUCAAUCGAAGAUUGACAAUGAGGAAUCAGUAACUAGAUGUAAAGAAAGAAGGAAUCAUAUGAAGAAUGCUGUGUCAGCUAGAAACGCAUUCGCAUCAGGUCAUGCCGGUUAUGCUAUAGCUUUGAAGAAUACCGGCGCCGCUCUUAGCGAUUAUGCUCAGGGUGAAGUCGAUCAUGAAUAUGACCAAGACAGCCAUCUCCAUCUCCAUCACCAUCACCAGCCUCAGUCGAUCUCUACUCCAGAGCCUCAGUCGAUGGAACCGACUCUCCUGCGACCACCACCGUUACCUGAUUUCUCUCCGGCGACGCCUCUCCAGCGUUCGGCGACGAUGCCGGAGUUUUCCGUUACGAAGGAGAGUAGGAAGAUGAAGGCAAUCGCUAUUGAAGAAGACGAUGAGGAGGAGAGGGAGGAGAUUAAGGAUGAGAGAAAUCUAACAAGGCGUAGUAAGAAAGGGAAGGCUGAGCCGCCAUUGCAGCAGCCUCUUUCACCUAUUAGAACACCAGAGCCACCUCCUCCUCUCCCGGAGGAGCUUAAGGGGGUAGCAUGGGAUUACUUUUUCAUGACUGAAAACAUACCAGGUCCUUCUCUAGAUGAUCCGGAGAUGAAGGAUCAGAAUGAAGAUGAAGAAUUUGAUGAACAUUUUGAUAGAAAGAUUGAAGAGGAGGAAGAGGAGGAGGAAGAGCCAAAGACGCCGGAAAAGUUGGUUUCUCAUGGUUUUAACACAGAUGUUGAGGAGGAAACACCGGUGGUUGUGAUGGAGAAACACUUUAUGCAUUCCAAAACUGCACCGUCUGAUAUUCUUAAGAGGGCUAGUAAUAGAAAAGUUGGAUCUAAUGUUAAUUUGAUGAAAGUAUUGGGUGACAUUGAUGAUCAUUUCUUGAAAGCAUCUGAAGCUGCUCAGGAAGUCUCGAGAAUGCUUGAAGCAACUCGAAUGCAUUAUCAUUCCAAUUUUGCUGAUAAUCAAGGACAUAUUGAUCAUGCUGCAAGGGUUAUGCGUGUUAUAACUUGGAAUAAAUCGUUCAAAGGUGUAUCAAAUGGUGAAGGUCAAAAUGGUGAUAUUGAUUUAGAUGAACAUGAGACACAUGCCACUAUCUUGGAUAAGAUGUUAGCAUGGGAGAAAAAACUGUAUGAGGAAAUGAAGGCUGGUGAACUCAUGAAGAUGGAAUAUCAAAGGAAAGUGGCGCAGCUGAACAAACUUAAAAAAAACAGCGCCAGUGCUGAAUCUUUAGAAAAAACAAAAGCAGCUGUAAGUCAUUUACACACUAGAUACAUAGUUGACAUGCAGUCGCUCGAUUCUACAGUCUCUGAAGUAAAUGAUAUACGCGAUCAUCAGUUAUAUCCAAAACUUGUCGGUCUUGUUAACGGGAUGGCGACAAUGUGGGAAUCCAUGUGCAUACACCACGACAGCCAACAAAGAAUCGUAGAAGACCUAAAGUCUCUUGAGGUAACCGGAACCCCAAAAGAAACAACCAAACAACACCACAGCCACACGAUUCAAAUCUGGGAAGUUGUUCAAAAAUGGCAAACACAAUUCGACAUUCUAGUAACAAAUCAAAAACAAUACAUCCAUUCUCUAAGCGAGUGGCUAAAACUAAACCUAAUGCCAAUCGAGAGCACCUUAAAGGACAAAACAACCUCAUCGUCACCACCCCGACCACAAAACCCACCGAUCUAUUCCUUGUUACAGUUUUGGAGCACCCAACUCGAGAAACUCCCAGACGAGCAAGCGAAAUCCGCGAUAACCUCGUUUGCGGCCGUGAUCAAAGCUAUCAUAGUUCAUCAAGAGGAAGAGAUGAAGUUGAAAGAGAAAUGCGAAGAGACGAGAAAGGAGUACUUGCGUAAGAGUCAAUUGUUCGAUGAUUGGUAUCAGAAGUAUAUGUAUAAGAGAACAGGUUCCACUGAAGACGAUCAGGACUCAACAAAUAAUAAUAAUAAUAAUCCGAUUUCAGAGAGACAGUCAGUGGUGGAGAUUUUGAAGAAGAGAUGGGAAGAGGAAAUGGAAGUUCAUCAGAGGCAUUGUCUUCAGGUGAGGGAGAAAUCAUUGGGGAGUCUUAGGAUUAGGUUACCGGAGCUGUUUAGGGUUUUGUCCGAUUAUUCUCAUGCAUGUGCUGACGCUUAUCAGAGAUUGAGAGUGGUUGCGGAAUCGCAGAAUGCCAAUGGUGGCGGCGGCGUUCAUCCUUGAAAUGAUGAUUGUGAGUUCUUGCGAUAAAUAUGUUCUUUGUAGUUUGUUUGUUUGCUUAGUUUGUAAACCUAAGUUGAUUUUGUAACUUAGUUUGGGGAAGAUGAUUAUUCUUCGUUUUUUUAAGGAAAGGACCACCUUUUUCCGUUAAUAAAUUAGUAUCGGUUUAUUUAAUAUC